AUGAGAGCUGGGGACGGCCAGGCCCGGUCCCGUCAAACAGGCAUGGUGAUGGACGUGGGCUCAUGUGGCCGCAGGGGGGACAAGCCCCAGCGGGUGCAGUUGCCCCAUUUCCAGCCAUAUAACCCUCAGUUGGGCACCCCAGUCUCUGGGGCCUUGUUGGCUUGUGAUCAGAGCUCAGAAAACUACCAGGGAGCAUGUGAGUAUCAGGGUUCCAGCCUGCUGCUGGAUGUCACACUGGGGCUCAUCUUGACCAGGCAAUGGAGUCUGGAGGAUGAAGAGGAGCAACAACGCGAGCGCCGGCGCCGUCACCGGGCCCUAAGCUCCACGUCGGAGGAAACGAGUCCCCAUCACACUUCGAAUGGAGACCAUCCAGCCACAGAGAGACUGCAGAGCCCUGAGAAGAAGAAUUCUGAGAAGGCAGAGACACCCCAGCACCAUGGCCCGACCCCCGAGGAUGAAGAGCAGGACGUCCAGUCCCUCCUCAGGAAACGGCGGCAGAUGCGGCAGGCGGGAGCAGCCCGGUCCUCCAUCCUGGAGCAACCGGAAGCUGAGGAGGCCCCAGGUGGCUCGGACCCCCCACAGGCUCAGCCAAAGUCCCCGGGGCCCAAGGAGCUGGACCCUCAUUUUCCAGGGAGGCUGAAGCCAGCGAGGCAUGACCCCUCGGCCCAGGAGGAGAGUCAGGAAGACCAAGAGCCAGGAGGAGGGAAAAAGGGCGUCACGGACACAUGCAAGCAGCCUGUUUUAGAGAAGCCUGUGACACUUGAAAAGAGAAUGAACCCUGAGGAGACCCCUAUCUCCAGGAAGUCCCCAGCUGUUGAGAAAACAUCAGUGCCAAAGUCUAUUUUGGAGAGGAAGCCAUCGAUUCGAGAAAGAUCCAGUGCCUUUGAGAGGCCAAGCAUAAGUGAAACAGUAGCCAUCUCUGAGAAGAAGUCCUCGAUUCUAGAAAGAUGUAGUGCCUUCGAGAAGUCGCUGGCCCCAGGGGAGAAGUCCGUAGUUCUUGAAAGAUUGAGUAACUUUGAGAAAACAUCAGUCCCAGGGAAAAAGUCCUCAGUUCUAGAAAGAUCCAGUGCUUUAGAGAAGCCACCAGCCCUAGGGGAGAAGUCCUUGGUUCUAGAAAGAUCCAGUGCCUUAGAGAAAUCACCAGCCUCAGGGGAGAAGUCCUCAGUUUUAGAAAGACCCAAUGCCUUUGAGAAGUCACUAGUCCUGGGAGAGAAGUCCUCAGUUCUAGAAAGAUCUAGUGCCUUUGAGAAGUCACCAGCCCCAGGGGAGAAGUCCUCAGUUCUAGGAAGAUCCAGUGCUUUCCAGAAGCCACCAGUCCCAGGGGAGAAGUCCUUGGUACUAGAGAGACCCAGUACCUUCCAGAAGCCACUGACCCCAGGAAAGUCUGCAGGCAUGGACAGGAAGCUGGUGUUUGAGAAAGCACAGAUGUUUGAGAGGCCAUCAGGCUCUGAGAAGGCCCCUGAGCCACCAAAGCCGGCUCCUAGGAGGACUGGCUCCAAGAGACUCCAGGCACAGGAACAGCCGGCCCCUGAGGGAAACUUAUCUCCCCCCGAGGACCAGAGAGUCAGGACCCUUCCUGACAAGGAGCCCACCUCCUCAGCCAAGCCUGGAGAUCAGGCUGCAGCCAGCCAACGGGUCCUGUCCACCCGUUUCUCACCCAUCACCCUCCAGGUGAAAAUUCCCAGCGGGGAGGACAAGGCAGAUGGGUCCUCACCCACCCAGGCCACAUUCAGCAGCUCCCUCAAACGCUCCAGCCCCAGGACCAUCUCCUUUCGGAUGAGCCCCCGCAGGGAGAACACGGACGCCUUAACACGCAGUGCUAGCAUGAGGCUCCCAGCCAGCCCUGGAAUUGGAGGCAACCCUGGAAGAGGUGAGAAACUGCAGGAGACACUGCAGAAAUACCGCACGGCCGUACAGCGAGCAGAAUCCAUCAAGUCCCCUGGCUCUACCCGCACCGAGUUUCUUGUGACUUCCUCAAGUGCCAUUAACGUGGCCAACAAACGCAACCUGUUUGAGAAGGAACUGGUCAGCCAGAGCCGAGCUGAGACGGCCUCCAGCCUGCGGGACAACCUGAAGCUCUCAGGCGCAGUGACGUCCAAGCUCAGCUUGUGGGUCAGCAGGUCUCAGGAGUCCGAGCAGGCCCUGCAGGAGAUGCAGAAGGAACCGGUAGCCACCAAGAGGCUCCAGCAGGAGAUGCCAGCAGAGGCCUUGCUGGAUGCAGAGGUGUGAGCAGCGGAUGGAACUACACAGCUACGUCACUGCCAGGAACCUCUGAUGCUGGCUAUGACCUUUGCAACAGCACUCCCAAAUCACUCGCACUGCUUUGAACCUUUCCUGCCCCUAUGUGGGGCCUGGAAUCCUGGGGAGAUCCAGCCUGCUCCAGCACCACCAAUGGCCCCUUGGGGAAGGUGUGUGCCAGGCCUUCUGUGGGCACAGCUGUGUGGGCCCUGGUCUAUAUUCCGGAUCUACCUACUCUCUUCAGGCUCAGCAGCAACAUUCUGGACCCCCCAACUCUCUCCCAGCCACUGCCUCUGUCCCCGCAGCAGCUUCCACAGACUUGUACUGUCUCCUGCUGAGGCCUGAGGUGCCCUCUUU